GAGGGAGAGAAGAACGAGUUUGGCGAGAAAUUUGUCGGCGGCGGGCUGGGCUUGGCAGUUGCCAAGAUGGACCGCAGCGACCGGGCUAGGUUCGGCAGCUUGCGGCGGCCGCUGAUCCUCAUGACACGGCCCGAGACGGAUCUGUUCUGCCUAGAGCAGGAGGGACUGUGGUGGUGGCACAAUCGCGACAGUCUUAGCCUCUUCAUUUCUCACCUCUCCGAGAAGAACUGGGACGCCGGCAAUCUCAACCACAUCGGCCUCAAAUGCACCGAGGGUGUCUGGGACCGUCGAGGGCGUCUUGAAGCCCAAGGCCACUACAUGGUUCUUCUAUUGUCGCUCUUCAGCGGAACCAGCAAAAUGCCAGUGCCUGGUGGACACUUUUGGAAGCGAUUCUGGUUCAUCUACGGGGGCGUCAAGCGGGCAGCGAAAGCCGUCGAGCUGGACUACCGGAACAGGCACGUGUUCCGCAUGCAGGGCGGCAACCUCGUCGAGCUCAAAAAAGGCGACGACGGCGAGCAUGGCUGGCUGUUCGCGGGCGACGAGGCCGACGGCCGGGCCGAUCUGAGGGCCCUUCUGUCUUGUAAGGGCAACGUAGACCGCUUCAUCCGCCGCUAUGAUGGAUACGCCGACGAGGCCCCAGAUCCACGUGAAAUUAAAAAUGUCGAAGGCUGGUGGCCGAGGCUGGGCGUUCUUGUGCGCAUCCCGGACUCCUUAUGAACUCUGACCCUCCGGCAUCGGGGCGGUUUUAGAUUGGCGUUGUCGAGCUGCUAAUUAUCUAAUUACACGAGCUGCUUUGCGGGCGAGGAAGGGGAGACGGCAAACAAAUGAACCGAAAGCACCUUGUACUUACCACGAAUUAUUACUCAAAUAACG